AUGCUACAGCUGCUGAUGGCGGCGGCCUUCUCGGCGGCCCCGCUGACGCUGUACGUGCCGCCGGUGCGCAGCCUCAGCCUCUUCGUGGAGGCCAUGGAGGUCGUCUGCCGCGACUGCGGCCCCUACUCCCACGACGUCGUCGCCCACUUCCGCGUCGGCCUCUCCCGCGUCCUCGCCGGCCUAGCCCAGCCCAUCUCCGGCUACGGUGGAUCGAUCUAAAGGCAACAAGACUGAGAUAUCCAAAUCUGAGCUCAUACAGAAGAGUGCAUACUGUAGGGUUUCAGGACGGGACAUGGAUCUUGUUGAACUUUCUGCCUAUGGAAAUGUCCGGCGAGGGCCAGAUUCAGGGGGCUGCAAAAUCCAAUGAAGUAGAUAUAUCUGAAUGGUGUCAAAGUUCGA